AAACGGUUAAGGUUAUAGAACUAAAUUCGAUUAUUGGUUAGUUUCAAAACAAAUCAUUUGAUAAAUAAGUGAAAUGCUUAAAUUAAUUAACAUAGGCAAAUUAGUUCUCAGAAAUGAGUUAAACAUUCAGAACUCAUGUUUAAGUGCAUCAUUGAUUCAUACAUCUGCUAUGCUGGAGAAAAUUGCCAAUUCUCAUAACAGGUCCAGCUUGAAAAAAUGGACUGAGAAUAAUAAAGUUGUUUUUGAGCCUCAAAAUCACGAUGAAGAGAAGAGACCAGCAUUCAUUUGUCAUCAAAAAUUAAAUAUCAAAUACAGUCCGAAAAAAAUGUAUUAUAUCGCCAGCUUUGUGAGAGGAAUGUCUGUAGAUGAAGCUAUAAAAGAAUUAAAAUUUGUACUUAAAAAAGGCAGCUCAGCUGUUUUAGAAACUCUUUUGGAAGCACAAGAAAUGGCAGUUAAAGAGCACAAUGUUGAAUUCAAGAGCAACUUAUGGAUAUCUGAAUCAUUUUGCGGAAAAGGUCAAUACUUCAAAGGGAUCAGAAGACAUGCUAAAGGCAGAGUUGGAAGAGUAGAAUAUAAGCAUUGUCAUUAUUUUGUAAAACUUGAAGAAGGUAAAGCACCUAAACAAUAUUAUGUACCUUAUCCAAAAACUCCGGAGGAGCAACUCGAAGAAUGGAUAGAAGGAAUGCGUAAAAGAAAAAUAACAAAUUCUCUAUAAAAAUCAAAUACUUAUUCUUUAUUAGAUUAAAUAAACUAGUUAUUAUCACUAAAUUC